CCCUUGAUCUGGAUGGAUUGGCUCCCGUUUGUCGACAGCCCCUGUGCGCUGCUUGUAUUGGCUUUGAGAAACUGCCACUCCAUCUGUAGUCCUGGCAGACAGCAGGCUUGUCUGCGUUGUGAUAGUGAUGAAGAUGGGGGAAUCGAUGGUGUUUAAUAAUUAAUUUAAUUUAAGGAAUAGUUUACAGCACCUAAAAGGGACAAAAGAAAAGAGGGAGAAAUAAAGGAGCUGGAAACAUAAAUGGUGGUAAGAGCAGACUGGAAUGUUAAAGACCAUUUUUUAAAGUGGAAAUAUGGACAUUGUGUUCCAACAGAUUUCUUGUCAGUGGACUUCACAUUCCCCAAUCUUCCCAAUACUAGACGGAUGGCUUUUUUCACUUGAAAUUUUCCUGUAUGAUUUUGGACCGAACGACCGUUUAUGUUUAGUUUUGUUUGUAUAUUGGAACUACUGGACUAAAGUAAAGGACCUCCGAGAUACACUUCAAACAGGUAAAUACAAGAAAACAGCCAAUGCUGGAAGAUGUUGGAUAUGGACCAAGGGGUAGUGGAGGAGUGGUUGUCAGAGUUCAAGACUCUUCCUGAGACGGCCAUUCCGAGCUACGCUGCAGGUUUAAAAGACAAGGCUUCUUUGGUUUCAGCUCUGUACCGUGUUAUCCAGGAACCCCAGAGUGAGCUCCUGGAGCCUGUGUGUCACCAGCUGUUUGAGUUUUACCGCAGUGGAGAUGUCAGCCUGCAGCGCUUCACUCUCCAGUUCCUUCCAGAGUUCAUCUGGAGCUACCUUUCCAUUUGCACCAGCAGAGACCUGCACAGCACUGGCUGCAGGGAAGCCCUUCUCUUGGGCAUAUACAAUCUAGAAAUAAUUGACAAAGAUGGACAGAGCAAAGUGUUAUCAUUCACUGUCCCUUCCCUGUCGAAGCCUUCUGUGUACCAUGAGCCUUCUACGAUUGGUUCUUUGACUCUCACAGAAGGGGCUUUAGCCAAACAUGGCCUAAGCAGAGUUGUAUACAGUGGGCCUCAUCCACAGAGAGAGAUCUUUACAGCACAGAACAGGUUUGAAGUGUUGACCUUCCUCCUCCUGUGCUACAAUUCUGCCUUAAGCUACAUGACGAGUGCUUCCUUACAGUCCCUCUGUCAUCUGAGCACCGGGAUAAGCAUUUGUGGGUAUCCUAGACAGCUCCUGAGGAAGUACAAAGGCGUCGGCAACAGAAUGCCAGUUUCUUCAGAGUUUCUUGUCCAGUUGAUAACCAGCAUUUAUUAUGCUCUCUAUAAUGGUGAAUGGGAUAUGGCCAGUAAAGCAUUGGAUGAUGUUUUAUACAGAGCUCAGCUGGAGCUUUAUCCUGAAGCGUUGUUGGUGGGAAAUGCAGUCAAGUCUUCCUUGCCUGGAGGUGCAUUGAAAUCAAAUAAGGAGGGCACCCGGUGUAUUCAGGUAGAAAUUACUCCAACAUCCUCGAGAAUAUCAAGAAAUGCAGUGACCAGCUUGUCAAUCAGAGGCCAUCGGUGGAAAAGAAAUGAUGCGGUGGAUUUAACAUCCCCAGAGGAACUGAUGGAAAUCUCCGAAAUGGAUGAAGGGUUUUGUUCCAGGGCAGCUUCAAACGCCAGUCCUCCUGUGAUCACUAUUAGCAGCAGCAGUGGGAAGACACCUGGGAAGAGCCAGCGAAAGUCUGGAAGCAGCAGGGCUGGGAAGGAGAGGGAGGCUAGCGUGGAGAGCUGCCGGGACCACUUGUCUCGCAAGCAGGCCCAGAGAGCCAUGAGCGAGAACCUGGAGCUGCUGUCCUUGAAGAGGCUGACUUUGACGACUAGCCACUCCCUCCCCAAGCCAGACAGCCUCAGUCUGGCCCGGACUGCCACCACUGUCUUUAGUAGAUCCUUCGAGCAGGUCAGCAACGUCUUUGGGGCCAACAAUCCUGCCAGCACAGGCAACACUACCUCCACCGAGGCCAACCGCUAUUCGGCCUGCAGCCUUCAAGAGGAGAAGCUGGCCUAUGUCUCAGAAAGGACCGAGCUCUUGGGCCCAAGCUCCAGGCACAAGCAGCGCUCCCCCAGCAUCGGCAUCCAGCUUUCCGCAGACCUGUGAACGUUUCUGUUGGUGGUCACAGAGGGUUAUGGUCUUUUUAGUAUGGUGUUAAAAUCAUGUUACCGCUGCUGUGGUGUCGGGUUCAGUUUUCGAUGAAAAAAAAGUUGCAGGCUUGUUUGUACUUCUGGUGCUGGAUUAAAAUAUUAGUAUUAGCACUGACAGCAAUAAUGAUGAAAGUAGGAGGGUGUUCAUGCAUUCAGUUGGACAAAUGUUCAGUGGCUUCUUUAGAAUCAUAACCCUUUUAAGAGGUUCUGGGAAUAUUAAGAGGAACCCAAUAAAUGGACCCCACUCCACCACCAGUCUCGUGGUACUGGUACAAGCACUGAAUAUUACAGACUGUUUAGGUGGUUAAAUAAUUAGAUUUGAAGUGUUUUUACUGUAAUGUUUAUAUAUAUAUAUAUAUAUAUAUAUAUAUAUAUAUAUAUAUAUAUAUAUAUAUAUAUAUAUAUAUAUAUAUAAAGUUCAACCAUUAUAGAGGUAAAGCUGUUGUAAAUUGAAUAAGAAUUGUAAAGGGAUAUAUUUUUUAACAAAGUUUGAAUAAAAAUACAAACUUAACUGUACAGGUAUGUGAAAAAAAUUAAGUAAAAACCAGCACAAAAAAAGCACAAGACCUAGAAGAAACAUUUGGAAGACGUGUAAAAAUCUGCCAUAUUUACACACACAGACAAGAAAAAAGCACAACACGCAUUUCUCUUUGGAUGUUUUUUAUGGUGAUAAAACAUGUGUGGUGUGCAGUAGAUUUUGUCUGGUCCUGUAUUAGUUCACUUCCCUUGGUCUUUCUUUUGCACAAGAGAAAGAUAACCUGUCUGAAGAUCACUAGUUUAGAAACCAAUAACCUGUUUAUGUUUAUAUCUGAAAUCGUCAUUCUUUUUAUAAGCAAUGCAAUUUAUUAUUUUCACAUUCUCUUUUGUUUGUUUGUUUGUUUGAUUGUUUGAUUUUUAUUUGUAUUUGGAGCUUUUAAAACUGAUUCCAGUCUGCAUGUUUUAUAUUCUGUAUAUAUGUAUGUAUGUAUGUUGUUUCCAAUGCAGCAAGGGGAAUUACAUGAGAACAGUAUUGAUUGCCAUGGCAUUUCAUUCGUUUUUUGGUGUAAAUUGCACCCGCAUGACUUGGGCUAGAUCUGCAUGUUGGCCGAAAGUCCUCUCCUACUGUUACAUUCUUAAUAACUUUACAGAGCAGAGCUUUUUCUUUUUAAAUAUAGCACAUUGGUAGAAUCGUAUCCAAGUUAGUCUCUCUUUUUUUCUUCCUUCUGUUUCUCAACAGGUUUUUACCUUUUCUAAUGAAAAAAAAAUCUGUGGUACCUUUGUUUUUUCUUUUACAGAAUUUUUUCUUUUUUUUUUUAAAUAUUUGUGAACAAAUUUGUAAAUUAUUCAGCAAAAUUUAAAUGUAGUAGAUCGUUUAAACAUUUCGUCAGUAGAUAGGAUAACAGCAAUCACUAGAUGUUUCUUUUUGUGUUUUUGUUUACAAUAUGUGGGGAUUUAAUACAUUGCUCCUGUGGAUUGUACAGUUUAUUGUACUGAAGUUUCCACCUGUCAUCUGAAAAUACCUAUGGUUGCUAUAGUUUCACAAUAAAAUAUAUAUUUCAAA